AUGAGUUGGGGAUAUGAGCCCAACACCAUUAGCUAUAGUUCACUAAUUAACGGCUAUUGCAAGUGCAAGAGGAUGAAUGAAGCCUUCCAGCUUUUUAAAGAAAUGCCCCACAAAGGAAUAAUCGUUGACACUAUUACAUAUACUUCUCUUAUUCAAGGAUUUUUCCUUGCGGGUCAAGUUGGGUAUGCGCUGAAGGUUUUCAAAGAAAUUAAAGUUCACGGGCACAACCCAAAUCAACACACCUAUUCUAUAUUGAUGAGCGGGCUAUGCAAAAGCAGGCGUGUUGAUGAUGCGCUGAAACUGUUUCAUGGAAUAGAUUCUAAAAACCUUGAUAUUCUUACUUACAGCGUCCUCCUUGACAGAAUGUGGGAGUCAUGCAUGCCGAAAGAGGCCGAAGAAUUUUUCAACUCCAUCACUUCCAAAGGUUUGGAGCCUGAUAUUAUGACAUAUGGCACAAUGAUCAAGGGACUCUGCAAAGAGGGCUUGUUGAGCAAAGCUUGGGAUUUGUUCAUGAAAUUGAAAGAAAAAGGAUGUCCUCCAAAUAAUGUGACUUAUAAUAUCUUGGUUCAAGGAUUUCUUCAAAAGAAAGAGACCAAUAAGGCAUUUGAGCUUCUGAAUGAAAUGUCUCAGAGAAGUUUCUUACCUGAUGCAAAGACUGCAUCGUUGAUAGUGGAUUUGCUUGCAUAUGGGGGGUCUGAAUCGGAAUGUGUAUUAGGAGAUGACCAAAAUGCAACAUGCGCAAAGAAGUUCAUCACUGUUGUAAGAUUGGAUGUUAAUGAUCUCUUCCAAUAUGAUGCAUUCUCCUUUGGAUCAAGCAAUGGUAUCUGUUUUGGCAAACCUGGAGUCUUUUUCUGUUCAAGUAUCUUUGCUGCAUCCAUUGAAUUCAUGCUAGGGCCAGUAAAGUUUCAGAAGUUUUCUGUUCAGAACUUGAAAUCCUAUUUAAUUAUCCAGUUUGAUUGGCGUAAAUUGGAGAAUGUUGUUAGGAGAAACAAGAGUAGUAGGUGGGGUGGUGGGAGUGGUGGUAGAAGUGGAGGAAUGGAGAAAUUUGAAGGGCUGGAAACAGAAUCUGAAAUGUGUUCUUAA